UCUAUAAAUAAAUACCCACCCUUUCUCGGACAGAGCAACUACCAUUCUCCAAAAAACCCAAUCAGGACCACCAUAACCGGCGGGCAAUUCUCAGCCACCGUAGACGGCCGCCCACAAUGUCCCCAUCUUCUCUCCUCCUCCUCAUCGGAGCUAUCCUAAUUUCACCCGCCCUCUCUCUAAAUUGCGCCUCGAAGAUUGACAAUGUGUAUGCUAACUGCACGGUCCUCCCCUCCCUCGGCGCCGUCCUCCACUGGAACUACACCGAGACCAACUCCACCCUCUCCUUCGCCGCCGGCGCAAAUAUCUCAAGAGGCAUGUGGUUUGGCUGGGGCAUCAACCCCGGCAACGGCGACGGCAUGAACGGCGCGUUUGCCUUCCUCGCUUUAUACCCCCAAUCUGGAAUUCUCACCGUCAAACCAUACAGUCUCACCCUCAAUUCCAGAAGCACCAUAACCGAGGUGCCCAACAAGUCUCUGCCGUGGAUCGUUCAGAACUCGUCGGCGGUGGUGGGUUCUGCCGGCGGCGUGUGGAUUUACGCCACGUUAAGUAAUCUGACGAGGCCAUCGCAGUUGAACACCCUGUGGCAGGUGGGUCCGUUGAGCACCGAUCGUCAACCACACCCACUGGGGCAUCAAAUGGAAACGGAGAAUAUGAAUGCUAAGGUCGCAUUGACUUUGGCUGCCGGAAACAGCGUCGCUCCGGGAGUUUCACCUUCCCCUGCUCCCGCCGGUGAUUCCGGAAUCACGCCGGCGCAGAGCCCAGGGAAUGCCACCGGCAGCUCCUCCGCGAGCUGGAAGAGCACUGCCAAUCUGUACCCUUUGCUUUUAGUUUUCGGAAUUUUUGGAUUAGUGCUUUGAUUUCUUGUGGUUUGAUUGUAUUGACUUUUUUCUGUUCGUACACUUUCGAAAAUAUUCAUAGUGCUCUGAUCGGAAUCAUAUCAGUAUUAGAAAUUGAGAACAGAGAGGAUGCACACACGUUUUUAGUUCAUGUUUGAUUUUGCUAAUUAAUUUCAAUAUUAUCGUUAUUCAAAAAAUUGAUUCUUAACACAAA